AUGGGUGCACUUUCGGCUGCUACUACGCUCAGCACGCCGCCUCAAGCCGCUCCCGCCUCAGUCACCGUUCCUGCUCCUGCUCCUGCUCCUGCUCCUGCUCCUGCACAGCAACUCCACGACCAGAUCAUCCAUCUCGAGCCACAACCAGACUCGGCCGCCAAAAGUGCUCACCAAGUCAUUCUCAGUGACCCGCAGCCUGCCCAUGCUCUCGACGACGACAACGACGACAACGACGACAACCUCGAGGCACAGCAGCAAAGCGUCGCACAUGACCCUGAACCAUCCCCAUCUGCCCACCCACACCAAGCGCAGCCGCAGUCUCACCAUCUUCAGAUCGCCAUAGAACCGACCCCGAGGCGCCAACACACCUCCACUUGCCACCGCACCUCGGAGAAAAUCGACAUUGGCAGCACAGACUCAACACGAUCCAGCUCCGAUGCGAGACAGAGCGACCAGUCGACAACAAAGCCAAGACGCACAAAGAGGAAAAGCAAACAUCCCGACGAUGACGCCACCGUCGACCGCGUCGGUUUUCGAGAGCUCUACCGCUACGCCACCGUAUGGGAUCACAUCUUUAACCUGAUUGGUCUCAUCGCCGCCGCCGCUGCAGGUGCCGUGCAACCGCUGAUGACCAUCGUCUUUGGUAGUCUCACCACCGCCUUUUUGGAAUACUCCAACGCUCUGCUCUUUAACGGCGAUAUCCUAACCGCACGCGACCACCUCGACCACGAGAUCGUCCACGGCGUCCUCUUCCUCGUCUACAUCGGUAUUGCCAUGCUCGUCGCUACCUACGUUUACAUGGCAGCUUGGGUCUACACCGGUGAGGUCAUCACCCGAAGGACCCGUGAAAAAUAUCUCGAGGCCAUCCUCCGUCAGGACAUCGCCUACUUUGACCUUGUCGGCGCCGGAGAGAUUACUACUCGCAUCCAGACCGACAUCCAACUCAUCCAGGAGGGCAUCAGCGACAAGAUCCCCAUGUCGGUCAUGUUCAUCAGCGCCUUUGUCACCGGCUUCAUCGUCGCCUAUGUCAAGUCCUGGCAGCUCGCUCUCGCCUUGAGCUCCAUGAUCCCCUGCAUCAUCAUCGCAGGCGCUCUCAUGAACGCAGUCACCGCCAAGCUUCAACAGGCCGAGCUCGACCGCGUCUCCAAGGCCGCCUCGAUCGCCGAAGAGGCUCUUGCCACCCUCCGCACCGCUAAAGCCUUUGGUAUCGAACACGACCUCGUCCAACUCUACGACCAAAGCAAUCGCCAAGCCACCCGAUUCGGCAUCAAGCGCUCCCUCUACCAAGGCAUCGGCAUGGGCGUCUUCUUCUUUGUCAUCUACAGCGGAUACGCACUCGCAUUCUACUUUGGCGCAAAACUGCUCGCCAGCGGUCACAUUGCCUCGGGCACCGUCAUGAACGUCAUCUUUUCAAUCCUCAUCGGCGCCUUUUCCAUGGCCAUGAUGGCGCCCAACAUGCAGGCUCUUUCCUACGCCUUUGCUGCCGGCGCCAAAGUGUUUGAGACCAUCGAUCGCGUUCCUCCCAUCGACAGCUCCGAUCCUAGCGGCUUGCGUCCCGAAGCGUGCCAAGGCCAUCUCGAGUUUCACCAGAUCGACUUUAGCUAUCCCACUCGACCCGAUGUGCCUGUUCUCGAAGCCUUUUCCCUCCAGGUUCCUGCCGGCAAAGUCACCGCCCUGGUCGGUGCAUCUGGCUCGGGAAAGAGCACCAUCGUCUCGCUCGUCGAGCGCUUCUACGAUCCCGAUGCAGGCGCAGUGCUGCUUGACUGUGUCGACGUGCGUGACCUCAACCUCAAGUGGCUUCGAACCCAGAUCGGCCUUGUCAGUCAGGAACCCACACUCUUCUCCACCACCAUUCGUGCCAACAUUGCUCACGGCCUCAUCAACACACCCUUCCAACACGCCUCGGAGCAGGAGCAGCAAAAACUCAUCAUCGAUGCGGCCAACAUGGCCAAUGCACAUGGCUUCAUCUCGCAGCUACCCAACGGCUACGACACCAUGGUAGGCGAGAGAGGUUUUCUGCUCUCCGGUGGUCAGAAGCAGCGCAUCGCCAUCGCCCGCGCCAUUGUCAAGAACCCGAGCAUCUUGUUGCUCGACGAAGCCACUUCAGCGCUCGACACCCAGUCGGAAGCCGUAGUUCAGGAUGCCUUGGAACAGGCCAGUCAGAACAGGACUACCAUCACCAUCGCCCAUCGCUUGUCCACCAUCAAGAAUGCCGACAAGAUCGUCGUCAUGGGCAAAGGCGUCAUCCUUGAAACCGGACAGCACAACGAGCUGCUCGAGCUCAACGGUGCAUAUGCUCAACUCGUCGAUGCGCAAAACAUUCGUGCCAAGGUGGGCAACAAGAUUGUCGAAGAGGGCGUCAUUGACGAUGACGAUGACGACGACGAUCAACAAGCUGCCCAGCCAGCCAAGUUUGUCGCCUCCAAUGCCAAAGUCCCCCUUGCCGUCACCGAUGACGCGAAAGCUGCCGUCCGACAAGAAGCCAAAGCCGAGAUGCCCGCCGGACUCGAAAAGAGCGUCACACAUCAAAGCGUCGCCAGUGCUAUUCUACAUCAACGCCAACGCGAGCAAGCCACCAGGGACGAGGAGCCAGAAAAAAUCCCCUCGAUCUUCUACCUGCUCUACCGCCUCGCCAAGAUCAACCGCGAUCAUGUUUUCACCCUCUACGUGCCCGGCGUCAUCGCCUCGAUCUGUUCCGGCGCUGCCUACCCGUGCUUCUCGCUCUUGUUCGGCCACGCGUUGCAGAACUUUUCGCUCUGCAGUGCUAUCGGUGGCGGAGCUUGCCCGGAACCUGCACGCAGUACCAUGUUGCACGACGCAAAUCUCUGGGCGCUCUACUUUUUUGUGAUUGCCAUCCUUUGUACUUUGGCCAUCUCGAUCCAGACGUAUACGCUGAUGAAGGCAUCUUGUGUGCUCAUGGAGCGCAUGCGACGGAUGUCGCUUUUCGCCUACCUUCGAGCCGACGUAUCCUACCACGACCAAGACGCGCAUUCUUCCGGAGCCCUUAGCAACUCGUUGGCUGACAAUUCGCAAAAGAUCAACGGUCUCGUCGGAGUGACGUUGGGAACCAUCAUCCAGUCGAUCUCGACGCUGGUCACCGGUGCGAUCAUUGCGCUUGCCAACGGAUGGAAGCUAUCGCUCGUGGUGAUUGCUUGCAUCCCUCUGACGCUCUCCGCAGGGUUUGUGAGGUUGCACCUCGUCGUUCUCAAGGAUGCAAGGCUCAAGACAGCCUACGAGGGCUCGGCGGCCAAAGCAUGCGAGGCGGCGGGAGCAAUGCGGGUGGUUGCCUCGCUUACACGUGAACAAGACUGCCUCGAGAUAUACCGUCGAGAACUGGAUGCUCCUAGUCGGAUAUCAAGAAACACAGCGUUCUACGGCAACUUUCUGUACGCUGUUUCGCAAGCGUUGCAAUUCUGGAUCAUUGGUCUCGGCUUUUGGUACGGCUCGAAAUUGCUCAUCAGUGGAGAGUACACCUCGGGUCAAUACUUUACUAUUCUGACCGCGGUGGUCUUCGGAUCGAUCCAAGCGUCCAACGCGUUUUCGUUUGUGCCGGACAUUUCAAAUGCCAAGACAGCUGCUUGGGAUAGCAUUAAGCUACUUGAUAUGGUUCCCGAGAUCGACGUGACGAGCGACCAAGGAGAGGUGUUGGACAAGGUCGAGGGCCAUGUGAGGUUGGACAAGGUUCAUUUUAGAUAUCCGACGCGGCCGACAGUUAAGGUGUUGCGAGGAGUUGACAUUGAGGUGAAGCCAGGAACGUUUGUUGCGCUCGUAGGUGCAUCGGGGUGUGGGAAGAGUACGACGGUGCAGCUGAUGCAGAGGUUUUACGAUCCACUUUCGGGGAGGGUGUUGAUAGAUGGAAAGGAUAUUCGCACAUUGAAUCUGGCUGAGAUUCGCAAGCACAUGGCGUUGGUGUCGCAGGAACCUACACUGUACGAUGGCUCGAUUGAGUUCAACAUCCGAUUGGGGGCGUUCCAAGAUGCGUCGAGCGUGAGUAUGGAUGAUCUUCGUGCUGCCGCUGCAUCGGCCAACAUCUUAGCAUUUAUCGAGUCUCUGCCGGAUAAGUGGGAUACGCAGGUGGGUGCGAAAGGGACCCAACUAUCUGGAGGUCAAAAGCAACGCAUUGCGAUUGCUAGGGCGCUUAUCCGCAACCCACGCAUCUUGCUGCUGGACGAAGCAACGUCGGCGCUCGAUUCAGAUAGCGAAAAGCUGGUCCAGGAAGCACUCGAUAAGGCGGCUGCUGGCCGAACCACAAUUGCCAUCGCACAUAGGCUCAGCACCAUCUCACGCGCUGACCUCAUCUACGUCCUCAAAGACGGCAAAGUGCACGAACAUGGCUCCCACAUCGAUCUUCUGAAUCGAAAUGGCGUCUAUGCAGAUCUCGUCAGAAUGCAGCACCUCCACGCACAUGAUUAG